GAUGACGGCUAUCACCGUACCCAAGGUUGUUGAAAAAUACUAACAAUAAGAAGGUAUAAAGGGCGGCAAAAGGGGCAAAAUUGUGUUUACACACGUACUGUACUUUUAUUAUGAUCUCCGCUAAUUUACUAUGAAAUUAACUAUCGAUGAAAUUAAACAUUAAUUUAAGUAAGCAUACUGCCAAAAUGAUGACAAUUUUAUUGUUCCAGUUAAUAAUAUGGACGGUGCUGCUCUCUAGUAUAUCAUGCUACGGCGUCACAGAAACUCAGGAGGAACCCGACAACGUCACCACUCUCUACCCCGUCUCCAGAAACACCAGCGACCAUGCCAACCAAACCGACUCUGUCAAGACAGCCACUUCUCUAGCUGAAACACUAAACAAUGACAGCAACAAGACAGAGUCGAAGGAAGAACCAGUAAUAGAAAAGCCAGCGAAUGACAGUAAGGAAUUCAAACCAAGUGUCCACUUCCAGGAUUUCUUUGAUGAAGAUGAUUUUGGAAUUGUUCCGCUGCCGACGAAGCCGACGGUUGACGGGUUUUCGCCGCUGAAGAAGCCGCCUUCUGCUUUUAUCGGCUCACAUAAAGACGCCUUCAAAUCCAUCAAAGCCAAGCCGCCGCUGGAGAGGUUCCCCUACAAGUUCGAGGACGCUAUCUUGACGAGGGCUAAGCCAAGAUGGCGGCCGAAAGAACUGGAGUCGAGGCCUACAGUUCCCAUACCCGCGCAGGUUCCAGCAGGCGGCCUGUACAAGAAACCGGACGCAUUUAAGGACAAGCCGAGCAUUGAUGAUGAUGAAGACUUCGGGCUGACGUUUCACGAUGAGAAGGAGAAUUUAGUUAAAAAACGUGCAAAUCCGUGGAAGAGUCUCCUGCAUCUCCUGACGGCAUUCAUCCCCGUGGGGCUCAUCAUCUCCGCCCUCACUCCUAACGUCGUCACCAUACACAGCACCGGCCCCGGCGGGCCGGGACUCGGACCGGGGCACGGGCCGGGAAUGGGGCCAGGAAUUAGGCCAAUGGGUCCGGGAGUUUCUGGCAUUGAACCCCUGCCUCCACGACUGUUCCGCCGCUCGGACGAGGUGCUGGACCCCUUCCACCCACCAGCAACCACCCCCCUACCAGCAAUCAGCGAGCCGUGUCGAAGACGGCUGCUUUGUGAGCUGCAUUCAGAAAAGAACUACCACAGCCAACAGAGUGGUCCUCGGCGCGGGCGCGCGUGCCACAAGCUGCCCUGCAACGACACGGAUGCGCUUGCGCAGACUCUGCACUGGCUGCUACACAGACCCCCAGACCGACCGGACCCCAACAGAUUCAAUUGACCACCGUUUUUCUGAUGUCCGUCAAAGCUAAUACUGAUGUGUGGUUUGAAUUGCAAAAUUUCUGAAACUUGUCAUAUUUUUGUAUAGCAAUGGAAAUUUUCCGUUUCCAAAAAGAAAGUCUCCUUUGUUUCCUGUAAUAAUGUAUAUGUACAAUAAAGUGUAUACAUACAUACAUAAUCCGUGAACUUAUCCGAUUUUUUGGAACCGCGAAUUUGCACCGGAAUUAACGUAACAAAGUGUACAAAUGCCACUAUCUUAAACGUCAUGUUUUCAUAGUAGCUAAUUUAACGUCUAUAAUCCGAGUGACAUGACAUAGUGUGGCGAUACCAUUAUAAACGUUAUGUUUUCAUUUUAUAGCCACAGUGACAUAACAAAGUGUGGCAAUGCUAUUGUACAUGUGUAAAUGUUUUCAUAGUAAUUUGACGUUUAUAGUAAAAGUAAUAUAAUAUAUUUAUGGUGGCACUGCGACACUCUGCGACUGCAAAGUCUGUGUGGAAUUAGCUUGGCUGAACUCUCUCUGUUUUGCUUGGCUUUGCGAUAACGAUAACAUUUUAUUUCGUUCAGUGUAAACUAAAGGAAAUAAAUAUUUUUGUUUUUGUUAUUA